AUGAGCUGCUUUUGGUGUUGCGCAGGGAUAGGAGCAGCAGAGAUGCGCGGAGACCACCACCGCACUCCGACCCACGCUGGAGAUGGAGACCACUCAUCUUCUUUACGUCACCGUGUAGCCCCCCGGGCUUUUGAAGAUUGGGAACAUCUCCACCUCCCUCCCCAGGGUUUCUUUGCCCCGCAGGUGGUCUUCCCUCCCCAGGGUUUCUUUGCCCCGCAGGUGGUCUUCCCUCCCCAGGGUUUCUUUGUCCCGCAGGUGGUCAUCCCUCCCCAGGGUUUCUUUGCCCUGCAGGUAGACGACCCUCCCCAGGGUUUCUUUGCCCCGCAGGUGGUGAUCCCUCCCCAGGGUUUCUUUGCCCUGCAGGUGGACGACCCCCCCCAGGGUUUCUUUCCCCCGCAGGUGGACGACCCCCCCCAGGGUUUCCAUCCCCCGCAGGAGGAGGACCCUCCCCAGGGUUUCCAUCCCCCGCAGGUGGAUUACCCUCCCCAGGGUUUCCAUCCCCCGCAGGUGGACAACCCUCCUCAGGGUUUCUAUCUCCAGCAGGUGGAUUACCCUCCCCAGGGUUUCUAUCUCCAGCAGGUGGAUUACCCUCCCCAGGGUUUCUAUCUCCAGCCGGUGGAUUACCCUCCCCAGGGUUUCUUUCCCCCGCAGGCGGAACUCCCUCCGCAGGUGGAUCUCCCUCCACAGGCGGUUCUCCCUCCGCAGGCGGUUCUCCCUCCGCAGGCGGUUCUCCCUCCGCAGGCGGUUCUCCCUCCGCAGGCGGUUCUCCCUCCGCAGGCGGUUCUCCCUCCGCAGGUGGAUCUCCCUCCGCAGGUGGACCUCCCUCCGCAGGUGGACCUCCAUCCGCAGGUGGACCUCCCUCCGCAGGUGGAUCUCCCUCCGCAGGUGGAUCUCCCUCCGCAGGUGGAUCUCCCUCCGCAGGUGGAUCUCCCUCCGCAGGUGGACCUCCCUCCGCAGGUGGAUCUCCCUCCGCAGGUGGACCUCCCUCCGCAGGUGGAUCUCCCUCCGCAGGUGGAUCUCCCUCCGCAGGUGGACCUUGCGGAUCCUCCUACUGCAGCCGGCCCUUCCCCUCCUGUUUCUCCUUUUCUUUCCUCCCCCUCACGUCCUGCCUCUCCCUUUUCUCCCUCUACGCCUUCCUCGUCUUCUUUUUCUGCCUCUGAUUUCCAGAGCCUUGAGGAGUUCCUGGACAUUUUUGUGCAGACUCUGGAUCCAGCUCCUGCCUCCCCCACUGUUGCUCCUAUUCAGGUCCGUCCAAUCAUUGGUGCAUAUGUCCCCUCUCCUCCUGGCAGUGCUCCUUCUUCUCCCCUUCUUGCCUCCCCCUCACACUCUUCCUCUCCAGGUCCAGAGGAGUUUAUUUUAGGUCCAGAUCUUCCUGUUUCAGAUUUACCUGACCCAGGUUGCUCUUCAGAUUUUAACACUGCUUCUCCCACUCCCUCUUCUUCCCACAAACGUAGCAGGUCCGAGUGCUCCCCCGAGAACAACUCCAAGAGGCAGCGCCGCUCGUCUCCUGCUCCCUCUUCUUCCUCCCGCUCCCCUUCCUUGUGA